CUGACGUUCAUUUCGAAUAACUAUAUUAUUUGUGAAUUAUGAAAAAAUCUUUUAUGGAUAAUUAGGAAAGCGGACUAUUCGGUGUGUGCGUUACCUCACCCGAUUUGACAAUAUGAUGUCAUCAGUGUUGAAAGCUAAAGUUCUUAGGCCGUUCCUCAGUUCACAGACUUGGAACGUUACUGAAGAUUUUCAUCAGUAGCUACCUUUGCUCGAUACUGAAAACUAGAUGGCCUACAAGAAAGGAAAACAAGUAACGAGGAACUCUAACAAGUAUGCGGAUGGGAAUAGAUUGGGCAUACACUGAGAAGACCUUCAAGUGACACCACGCACCAAGUUGUCGAGUUGAGCCCAAAUGGAUAGUGAUGAGUUCGAUGCCCGGAGGUGACAUGGAAAAAAUCAUGGUAGGAGGCAACUGAAGCUUUUUGGCAGUCGUAGAACUAGUUGUUAGUGUUGGCAGAGAAGCGAGUGCAGUAAUGGUGUGCCAUUGGGGUCAUAUAUUACUCUCAUAAACCAAAGAAUCAGUUAUAAUAGCAGUGAGAAAUCACCAUAUUGAAUGCAUUUCAAAAUCACUCUUACAUUUUUGGAAAUAUGGUCUACUAAUGAUGAUAUAUCUUAUCAAGGUUUACAAAGAAUCUCUCCUCAAAUAAACUUCAUAUGAGUUUAUUAAAAGGGAUUUUGGAACUUGAAAGUUUGGAAUUAGAAGAGAAUGCUCUAAUGGAACUUAUUGAUCUACCGACUUGGUUACUUUUACGUAAAGCACACUGUAAAAAUGUUGUAGCCAAGAUACACUGGACAAAGUUGAAAACUCAUCCUGUGCUUAUUACUAUUGAUCAUAUCGACAUUGAAGUGCAAGCAUUGGAUGAACCACGUCCAGCGUCAGACUCACCAGUGGCCAAUUACAGAGGUGGAUCUGGUAAAUACGGUUUCAGUGAUAAAGUUAUUGACGGUGUUACAAUCCAAGUGAAUUCGAUUCUUAUUGAACUGUUUGCUCAAGCCUUUCAAGGUUCAGUUGAACUUUCUAGAUUUUGUGUAAUGAGUAAAUCACCGAACUGGAGAAAUUGUCUGUUGAAUUUAACAACCCUUAUGUUGCCACAAUAUGAUUCAAUAUUAAUAUUUAAAGAAGUCACAUGGGAGUCUGCACGUAUUGUAGCUGAUGGUUUGCUGACUGAACUUCGUGGUACACCGGUUAAACUUAUCACAAAUCAAUCCCGUAUUCGUCUUACAUUGAAAAAGCGAUUAUCUGACGGUGCACUGAUUAGUUCACGUAUUCGUUUGAUACUUGACGAUUUGUUAUGGGUUUUCACAUUGCCACAAGUUGAAGCAGCUAUUGUUUUCGCUCGUUCUUUAGAGCAUUCAAUACAUUUAGCUAGUGAACAAAGCAAGAAAUUUGCUGCAGAUAAGGCAAAGCGACAAACUGUCACCAGGGUUACACCGGAAACACAAUCUGUUAUUAGUAAUGUAAAUUCUAACAAUGCUAGUAAUAUUAACAGUAGCAGUCCGUCAACAAUUACGAAUCCUAAUACCACCACCACUACUGCCGCUGCUAAUAAUAAUAGUAAUAAAUAUACAGAGAAUUAUGUAAAUGCUGUAAAUAUGUUUCAUCAAUAUGAUGUUUUAGAAACAUCUUAUCAUGUGACUGUUAGUCGUACAGAAUUACACUUUUGUGAUGAAACUAAAGAAAAAAUUCAUCUCAUUCCUAAUGUAACACCAAAUGGAUCUAUACGCGUAAACCUAACUAAUUUAUGCAUAGAUUGGUAUCCAUAUCACUUGGAAGUUUCUCCAGAAUUACCUUGGCCUGGUUGUCAAGAAUUUCAUGGGGCACGGGAUAACUGGUUAAAGGGGCUAAAUCCUGUUCACUUUAAUCAUAGUAAACCAUACAAAGAUGAUUCUGCUACCUUCAGUAACCAAUCAUUAAUACUUGAUUGUAAUGCCUUCAAAUCUGUGAAUACAUCAAUUCUUCAGAGUGUUGGUAUACUACGUUUAGGUGAUAUCAGUGUAUCGUGUGUCUCAUAUCCUGGAAAUUUAUCUACAAAGAAAUCAUCAACUAACAAAUACUUCCUGUCUCACUCUGUAUUGAAUAAUCCUCGAAUACAUGCAGAAUUACCGAUUGAUAAGAAUAUUUUUAUUGGAUCAGAUAAACACUUGCAUAAUCUACCGGAGACAACUUUAUUUUUAACUAUCGAAUUAAGAAAUUAUUAUCAUGUCGAUGCGGCAGUAGAUUCAUGUACACAUAAUAAUAAGUCCUUACCGUGUUCAUUAUUUUGUCAAGUGAAUCCUUUCUAUGUGAAUUUUGAUGCAGAUACUGUUAUAUGGUUAAAUGUCUUUUUGUUGACGCUGUACUUGAAUUUGUCUACUUUCCUAUCUAGUAGUAGUAGCAGAGAUAGAGACACUACAAAACAACAGGAUAAAAUGUUCGACCUAAACCGGUAUCAUAUACGCUUUGAAGCUCUUAUGCCUCGACUAAUAUUCUCGGUAAUUGGACAGUUAAACCAUAAUCUAAAUACAUCAGAUUGGAGUGGACCACAUGCUCUUGUUUUACAGGCAGAUCAAGUAAUUAUCCAAUCACUGGCAGCUCCUAUAUCUUUACACGUGGCUAAUUGUCUACACAGAUUAGUUGAUCAUCUACAAAUGAAUUCAAGCCAAUUUGUUACAAAUGCUGACUUGACAGAUAAUCCAUUCAGUUCACAAUCUGCUCUUCAUCAACCACCAGACUGGUGUAAAUUUUAUAAACUUAUUCAGUCAGCUACAGAAUCUUGUUAUUUAUGUCCUAAUUUUGAAGAACAGUUUUGGUGUCUUCAUUGUCCAAAUGUAUGGGUUGAAUUUCUCACUGUAGUUAAUAUGAGCUGUCCAUCUCAUGAUGUUGUCAAUUCAGAUUUCAUUGCUGCUGAUGUCAUCAAUAGUAGUAAUAGUCAUGAUAAUACUGGUAAUCAAACGAAUGAAUGUACAAUAUAUCGUCAAACAUUAAUUGAAUCCUUCCCUGUAACUGUAUGGACACUAUUACCGAUUAAAAUGCCUUUGUCUGGAACAACAACCCUUAAUGGUGAAACAGUCAACUCUCAUUGCCCUAUUUCUUUAUUAAUUGAUAUUGAUAAUAAAUUGAUUCCUAUGGAUUCUCAGUCAUCAUUGUCGUCGGCGUUAUCGUCAUCUAACAGAAAUGAAAAUAUCAGCGAUAACAGGGACCAGUGUCCAAUUAAAUUUUCCUUAGGUUCAAUUGACCAAUUAACAGCAAAUCGUAGCCUAUUAUCAUGGCUCUUAGAAACUUCAUCUGUUUGUGAUAAACUUUUCAAAUUGCCUGAUGCACUAGAUCAUAUGCUGUUUUUAUAUUGUAUAUAUAAUCAGAUUUCUUAUUUACGAACUCAUUUAUGCCUCGAUUAUCAAGAGUUUUCAGAUAUGACAGAGUGUGGAACUUCUACUGAUUUCAAAGACACCACUAAAAAUGAAAAUAAUGAUGGUUGCCGUAGUCAAUUGUUUUAUACUCUUAGUUUUUCUACUUUACGACCAAUUGAAAUGAGUAUGAAUAUAUGCUAUAACAAUAAACAAGAUGACAAAAUACGUAAUUCAUUAUUACUGCCUAACAAUUUAAAAGGGAAUUCUGUCUGUACAAGUGAGGAUAACAGUUUACCGAAUACACCUUCGAAUAUGUUAUCUUCAGGUGUGCAUUUCUUUCCAUAUAAAACAUCAUCUUCAAAAGAUACUUCUUCUUCUACUGCUAUUACUAACACUACUGAAACAACUGUUCCUACCCAAUCACAUCCGUUGCAGUUGUCAAGACCUCCAUCAUCACUUGGUCAUCAUAAUUCUGUGUGUACAUCUUCAGUAGAUUCCAUAUCAACAAAAAAUGAAACCAUUAAUUCACCGCUAACGCCAAAUGAUAAAUUAAGCAAGUUAAACAGAACACUUCUUCGACUUUCAAUGCGUGGACGUAUAAAAUCAUCAGACGAUAGACCAGAGACUACUUUGAUAAAUAGUGAUGAUGGUGUUAAUUGUCCUGCUAAAUCUGUUACUGUUAAUACAAUAACUGACAGUAGUAAAAGUAAUAAUAAGUCAUUAUGUAAUCCACCUUUGAUACAACUUCGAAAUCAAUCAACUCAUUCAACGCCGGAUAACAGUAAUAAUAAACAGAAAGGCUAUAAUAUUGCUUCAUUCGAUUUAUCUGAUCAUGUAAAAUUAAUUGAUGGAAAUAACAUUAUGAAUACUAAUCAUUCUAAUGUUAACAGUAAUAAUAAUAGUAAUAAUAAACCAAUUAAACAAUUCUCUGAACAAAAUCUUUUUAUGCUUAAUCCUGUUGUGGAUGAUGUUUGGUACAGUAAUGCAUCAACUAAUAAUAUAAAUGAAAGAUAUUCAAUUUCCAGUGAUUUAUCCGACGUACAAAGUAUUAGCAGUUCAACAGAUGAUUGGAUUAAACCGUACGAAGUAUUAUCCAAUCUUCAGUCAUCCUAUACUAAAGGUAGUAAUGAUAUUCUAUGGUUAUCACAUAAUAGAACUCCAAAUGUUCAUUACCAUCCGAAUCCAAAUCCUCCGCCUUCCGCUUAUCAACAACGACAACAAGAGCAACAAUAUCACAAUCGACAAGAGGAAAUUCAUCAACCCUCCAACUCGUCAUCAGCAUCUUCAGCGUCAUCACUGUUAUUAGGUCCAGAUGAAAUUGGUUCAGAUAUGCUGGAAUUCGAUGUUUUCAUGCAGACACCAUAUUCUGGUAAAACACAAACAAUUGAACAUUGUCAACAAUUGAAGUCAACAAAUCACUUUAAUGAUCAUCAUUAUGACAAUGAGAAAUUCUGUAGGUGGAAACAGUCGAAUUUGUCAAAUGUUAUUAUUUAUUUGGAUGGAUUUUUGUGUGAAGCAGAUGCCAGCAAUUUGGAAUCACGAUUCUGGAUUUUGUGUAAAUCACUUCGAGCAUAUGUUCAAUCUGAAGAAGUAGGAAAAGAACAUUCAAACUCUGUCGUGCCAGCUGGUGAUGUAAAUAAUAAACUGAGGUGUACUACUACUAUGUCAUCACAGUCAUCUAGCACCCACUUAUGGUCUGUAUUUUUAAGUCUUGGCGGAGAUCCUGUUUCUUCUGGACUAUCAUCCAGACUACUUAAACCUUCGGAUUAUAAUUACCCAUGGAUGUAUGCUAGAGCUGUUCUAUUGGCUAAUUGGGAGUUUGAUAUUCCGUCAACAAUACAACAAUUAUGUAUACAACUAUGGAAACAGAUUAAUACUCAUGAAGGUAUUAAACAAAUGAUUUCCAAUAAUAAGGAUGAUAAUAAUACUAAUUGCAAUAGCUCAUCAGCAUCACCUCCAAAAUGUGCAUUUAGUGUGUUAAUGAAAGAAGGAGGCUUAAAAGUGAGACUUAUUUCUUCAGAUACUAAUGAAAAUUCUGAAAAGAUACAACUUUUAAAACAGUUUUGUUUACAACAAGGCUUGGUCAUCACACUAACAGAAAAUGGAAUAUUUCAAAUCUAUGCUGAACAUAAUACCGAUGCACAGGUUGAAAAAAAGACAUCACAUCCAUUGAACACAUUUAAUGAAUCUAUAAAUUUUCAGAAUGUAUCAGUCUCACCUGUAAAUAGCUCAAGUACAUUUCAGCAUAAUAUUUUAAUUAAUCGUUAUGCAACAGAGAAUAAGAUAUUAAAAGAUAAGAUUGAAGCUCUAACAGCUGAAUUACAACACCUGAAAUCACUACAAUCAAAAAAAUGAUUCCAUCACAAAUAAGCCUAAUGUCGACUUUUCUCUUCUUUAUUUUUCCUUAGAAAAAAAAGAGAUUUUCAAUAUUAUGUUUUCCCUGAAUUUUUACUUCAUUCCACUUCUUCUAUUGCCUCCCUCCCUCCCUCCUCAUCCGAAAAAAAGUAACGAUGAGCAGAUGCCCUGAUGACGUCUUCCACCACUCCGAAAGCGAAAUAACGGAGAUUCCAGUAUUCUUGUAAAAUAUAAAAACACAAAUAGAUGAAGUAGAGACUGUCUUCCUUAAUAUGACUCACUGAUUAACGCAUUCCAGGUUCAAACCCGUCUCUCCCACUUACUCUUCAGCCGUCACAUAAUAAAGUUCUUUGAUCCACCUGAACAUAUCUCUUUUCCUUUCAAUUCCAUUGUUUGACUGAUACUUGUUUCCGUUUCUUUACAUAUAUACGAUUGUGUGUACAUUAUUCAUGUAUAAAUGCUUGUGUGUUGGCGCCAAAGAUAAUGGAUAAUUUUGUUUCUAUAUCAUUAUUAUUUCCUAAAACACUCAAUCUUCAUUCCUUUUUUGUUUAAUUUUCCCGAAAUGUAAAGCAAUAUAAGACUUACUGCUAAUUCAAAGUACAUUUAUUUAUUUCUCUCCUGUGUACAGUUUUUAUUUUUGUUUACUUAUUGCUUUACUUUUUGUCUAAUUUUUUUAUUGAAUUUAGGAUAUAUUAAUCUGUCUAUCUGUUUAUUUAUUUUACUGAUUCACAACCUUGAAAAUCAUUCACUUUACACAAUUUGUCUCUAGUCGAACAUAAUAAUACAGAAACAAACAUUUCACUAUAUAUAUAUAUAUAUAUAUA